AUGAUUCGAAAGCUACAGCCGCGGCAACAGGGUGGGAACUCCACCCACAUGCGGGGGCAGCAGGGCAGGCAGGACAAGCAAAGGUGCCAUUCCUGCAGCAGCACAAGAACCAGCUUCACCCGCAGCAGCAGCAGGGGGGGCAGGGCGGAGGCGAGGGAGGGAGAGGGAGAGGAGGUGGGUGGUGGCGGAGAGGGAGGAAGGGGAGGCGAGCAGGCGUUGCAGCAGCAGCAGCAGCAGCAGCAGCAGCAAGCAGUGGUGGAGAUGGCAGCAGCGGCGGUGGCAGAUGCAGGGCACAGCCACGUGGCAUCUGUAUUCGCCGCCACACGCCACGCUGCUGCUGCCGCCGCUGCCCUCAACGCCCUCGGGUCCCUGGGGUCCCUGGGAGCACUGGGGGGAGCUCACUGGGAGCACUGGGGGGGAACUCCCUGGGAGCGCUGGGCGCGCAAGGAGGGGGGCUGCUGGGGUCACUGGAGGCAGGGAGCGAUGGGGGCGAUGGGACCCGCCCCUGCUGGUGGCCUUGCCAUGGGGAUGGGCAUGGGGGGAGGGAUUGGGGGAGGCGUGGGCGGAGGCGUUGGGGGAGGCGUGGGGAUGGGUGGGGGGUUGGUGCCCACUACGUAUGGUGUGGGCGCAGGCAUGGGCGCAGGGAUAGGCGGAGGCAUGGGCGCAGGCAUGGGCGCAGGGAUGAGCGCAGGGAUGGGCGCAGGCAUGGGCGCAGGGGGGUUGGGGGGGCUUGCUGGGGCGAGCAUGGUGUCGGCGGAUGGGGUGGGGGGGCGGGGGAGAGAGGUGGGGGGCAGUGACGGCGGAGGGGGAGGGGGGCAGUCGGAUACAGGCGGGGAGUGGGGAUGGGGACACUUUGAGCGGGGGCGGUGGGGGGUGGGGGGGAGUGCGGGGCGGAGGGGGAGGAAGCGCAGUGGGGAAGGGGGAGGGGCGCCGGUGGAGAGGAGGCAGAAGCGGAUGAUCAAGAAUAGGGAGUCGGCCGCUCGGUCUCGGGCAAGGAAGCAGAGGAGGGAGAAUGCUGUGCGGCACAGGGUGGACGGCACAGGGUGGACGGCACAGGGUGGACGGCACAGGGUGGACGGCACAGGGUGGACGGCACAGGUGGACGGCACAGGGUGGACGGCACAGGGUGGACGGCACAGGGUGGACGGCACAGGGUCACCAGCCGGGGGCGGAGGUGGCGCAGCUGCGCGCCCAGCCCUUCCCCUCUCCUUAACCCCACCUCAGGCAUACGCAGUGGAGCCUGAAUGUGAAGGUGCCCGGAAGCCUAGCCACAUGAUCCUCUUCCCAUGCCCCCACUUUCCAACCCUCCAGGCGUAUACAGUGGAGCUGGAGGCAGAAGUGGCGCAGCUGAAGGAAAAGAACGAGCAGCUGCGCACCCAGCCCUUCCCCUCUCCUCUCCCCCCCCCCCCCUCAGGCGCGUAUACAGUAGAGUUAGAGGCGGAGGUGGCACAGUUGAAGGAAGAGAACGAACAGCUGCGCUCCCAGCUGCUGCAGCUGCAGUCACAGUCACACACGCAAAUGCCAGCAGCCAUGCCUACUUCUCUAUCUGCAGCACCACAAACAGCAGUGCCAGCAACGGCAGCAGCAGCAGCAGCAGCAGCGGCGGCAGCAGGCACGCCACUCAGUGCAGCAGCAGCAGCAGCAGCAGCAGCAGCAGCAGCAGCAGCAGCAGCAGCAGCAGCAGCAGCAGCAGCAGCAGCAGGUGGGAAGGGUGGUGCUGGCAGCAAGGCACCGCAACGGUCCAGGUCUGGGCCAUGGUGA